GACAAACUGAUAACUGGUUACUGAUAAGCUGUCAUCCAUUCAUUUUUGUUUAUUUUCUUAUGUGAAAAAUCUAGUCUCUGUCAACAAUGAAUAAUUCUUUAUUGCAAGAUUAUGAAGAUGAUUACUUCCUCGAGGAGGAUAAACUUCCAACUUCUGAAGUUGUGACCAAUACAUCUGCAGUAUCAGCACUAGUUGAUGUAGACUUGUUGACCGAGGCAGUCAGUAAUAAUUUUCUGAAGGAUGAUUCCGAAGAAACAGAAGAGGAUCAACUACACAAGAUUGAACCUAUUGAAGACUUGGAAAAACUACUUGUUGAACCAAGAUAUCUUUAUCAAGAUCGGAUGGGCAUGGUGGUGACAUCAGGUAUUGUUACAAUAAAGAAAGACACUACAAAUCUCAUUGGAAUCAGUAUUGGAGGCGGAGCUCCAUUGUGCCCAUGUUUGUACAUUGUGCAGAUUUUUGACAACACUCCGGCUGCCAAAGAUGGUACUUUACAGAGUGGAGAUGAAAUAGUUGGUGUGAAUGGAGCCUCUGUUAAGGGUAAAACCAAGGUAGAAGUGGCAAAAAUGAUACAGGCAUGCAAGGAUGAGGUAAGUAUCAAGUACAAUAAACUGCAUGCAGACCCUCAACAAGGGAAAACUCUGGAUAUAGUACUGAAGAAAGUGAAACAUCGAUUGGUAGAAAAUAUGAGCACCACAACUGCUGAUGCAUUAGGACUCUCAAGAGCCAUUUUGUGCAAUGAUACACUAGUCAAAAAGUUAGAUGAAUUAGAGGCAACAGAACUCAUGUACAAAAAAUUAGUGGAUCAUUCUAAGUAUGUUUUGAAGUCCUUCUUCAAGUUGCUCCAGGUCUAUAAAGCAUUCGGUGAUGCUUUUGCAGCGAUUGGUGUCAGAGAACCCCAACCUCGAGCCAGUGAGACUUUCCGUCAAUUUGGAGACUGUCACAGACAAAUGGAAAAAUUUGGAAUCACUACCCUGAAAGCUUUAAAACCAAUUCUUAAUGACUUGGGGACUUACUUAAACAAAGCGAUUCCUGACACAAAAUUAACAAUCCGCAAGUAUGCUGAUGCAAAAUUUGAAUAUUUGUCCUAUUGUUUGAAAGUCAAGGAAAUGGACGAUGAAGAGCAUGGCUAUUCUGUGCUGCAAGAGCCUCUAUACCGCGUUGAAACUGGAAAUUAUGAAUACAGGCUCAUUUUACACUGCCGACAAGAAGCUCGAUGUCGCUUUGCCCAGCUAAGGUCAGAUGUUCUAGUUAAAAUGGAGCUAUUAGACAACAAGCAUGUUCAAGAUGUUGUGUGGCAACUUCAGCGUUUUGUUUCAGGUUUAGCAUCAUUUCAUUCAAAUGUCUAUGAGUUACUGAAAGGCAAUAAGCUUUUUCCAAUAGAGACAGAUCUUGCUCAAUCGGCAUUCCAGUACAAGUCAACAGGUCCUGUCCUCCAGGAUGAUGAGGAUGCUGAUGAUGAUGAGCCAGUCCAGGCAAUGGAAGCAACAGAAAACAAUGUUGGGCAGCUGUCUCCUUCUAAAGUGGAUCCAAAUUACAUCACGCCAGGUCACACACACACAACUUCUCAGAAUGAAAGCCAAAUAACCUCAACUAACAACAUUCAUGAACUAAUCUCCACUAACCAAACUUAUGAUAAUUCUCAAAGCCUCAAUGACCUGAUUUUGAAUUCAGAAAAUUCUAACUUGCUGGGUGCCUCUUUGCAAACUGACCUCAGUUCCUUCCAAAACCUGAAAAGUUCAUCUGUUGGUCAGCAAUUGUCGGGUAGUGAUUCGUUCGAUUUAUUAAUGAAUAGUAAUCAAGAUCUGGUCAAUGUCCAAAGUGUGUCAUCAAGUUUGCAGAAUCUGACAAGUGAUUUAAAUAACCUGUCAGAAAAUUUAGAUAGCUUGAUUCAGAAUCAGUUGAUACCUGGGGUGAAUGAGAUUCAAUCAGGGCCCUCAAACGAAUCAAUAGAAAAUGUGUUGAGCAAGCCAAGUGUCAAUGGAGCAGAAAAAAAUGUUGACUACCUUUUGGAUUAAGUGCACUGACUUCCACCAUAUAAUCAAAAUUUAAAAAAAAUUAUUUUUCAUAACAGAAGGUUUGCGUUUUAAUCAUGAAACCCUUUGAACUUCCUAAGACUCUGGACUGGUUUUCAACUAGUUCUUGAUUUAAUUUUAUUAUGUAGUAAGAAUUUUAUGAAGUCGUCAGUUUCAGUUGUAAAGUACAAAUUGGAACUGAAGCCAUCCUAUUUAUAGACAAUGUGUGUUGCAACAUGUAAAUAUUUAAAAGGAGCUUUAAGUUGAUUCUCAACCAAAGGCUGUCUUUCUAUUCUAAUUUGAAAUUUUUAAGUGUGAAAUUUGAUCUAAUGUAAAAAUAUUCAUCGCAUAGAAUGACGCAUAUCAGCGUCAGCCAUAGUUAUAAAAUGAGUUUUUUGUCAUCUUUUCUCCAAGUUUCAUUUUGAUAGAAUGCUAUUUUCACCCUGUUAAGUAGGUAUUUGGAGACAUCAUAAUGCCCUGUUGCAAUUUGAACCUGGCAGGAAAUUCUGAAGCGACUGUGAUUGCUUAAAAGUAGGCACCCAGUCAUAAUGGACCACUUGACAAGGUACAAAUAUAAGCAUUCUGAUACAUGUUCCUUAACCAGAAUUUCACAUAGAACAUGAUUCCUUCUAUCAAAAAUUCCUUAAAUCAACUCCUAACUGAAAUAUUAACGUUUUUAUUUUACAUUGGCUACGGGAAAUUUGAACUGCCCGGUCACAAGAAAUGCAAUUCGGCGGACUUUGUAAUCAAGUAAUAUUCUUUCCCUGCUGUGUGUUGUUUAAAGUUCUAAAAUUUCAUUUUGCAAUUUUUAGAUUUUAAUUUGUGCCACAGCUGAACCAAAGCAACAAAAUUGAAGUUGUCAUAUUAUCUUAUCACAGAGACUGUUAUGGUAAUGUUUUGUGCGCAUGUAGACCAUUACCUUUUCAUGAUGGGGAGGUUUGAAUGCAAGCAUCAAGAAACAUUAAAUAUCUUGGUUAGGAGUUAAUUUCAGUAAUUUUCGAAUUGCGUUUUAUGUGAAAUUUUUAUUAAGAAACAUAUAUCAAAAUGCUUACUUCAUAUCUUGUCUUCAUUAUCUUGUUCUGAGGUCCAUUCUUUUAAUGAACUCAAUCAUCAAAAAAAUCAAAUUUCAACGUCAUGAACCUUUCUUAACCUAAGAGAUGCUUGCAAAAGGGGUAAACUAACUCUUGCAUGUGUGCGGUGGAUGGUUUUUUUUUUUCUUGCAUAACCUGUUGUAGAACUUGAUGCGAGCAUGAUUUAAACCGAAUUAAAUGUUUUAAGACCUCUCAAA